AUGGUAACGCUCAUUCAUUCCAAGCCGCUCGAACCGUUCGUUUCGUGGAAGUCGCCCGCCGGAAAUCGUGUGGUGUGUACCAGUGUGCGCGCGCGUGUGUGUGUGUGGUGCGAUUGUUCCUUCCUUUGUACAGGCUAAGGGGAGGCAAAGUACCAGUGAUAAACCAGUGGAAAAGGGAUCCCCUCUCCCUAUCUCGCUCUUUGGGUGAAAAUCGUUCGCACACAUUUUCGUGAGAGCGAGGGAAUAGUGAAAAACGGGGAAACAAAACUCGCCAAAAAUUGACCCCCCCCCCCCAAACCUAACCCAUCCUCAUCCAAGUGCCCAGUGACAGAAAUCAUAUGCGCGCUGUCUGAGACCGAAUAACACUGCGCUCCUGUGUUGUACACCCCCAUCCCCUCCGGUCCAACUGCCAACCACGGCCUACUACUCUUCGGUGCUUCGGAGUGUGAGUGUGUGAGUGGAAAAGUGGAAAAUUCUCUCUCCGUGUGGAACGAAUUUUUGCAACAACGCUGACGAACGGUUCAGCAGUAGCAGCUAGUCGUUUGGUUCGGUUAGUGAAAGGAAACCCAGCAAACACGCGCGUGACGUCGUGUGAACGGUCGUGUCCCGUGUCCGUUCAUUGCUGUGUGGAUAAAAAAGAAAAGAAACCGUUAAAAAAACAGACCCAUCAGAGUGGAUUUUAGUGGAGCAUUCCAUAGUGUGAAACCCAGUGCAACAAAAACAAAGCCGCCACCAUGCCGUCGGAGCCGGAGAAGAUUUUCAACCCCCAUCCGGAUGUCGCCAGCAAGGCGUACAUCAACAGCAUGCAGCAGUACCGCGAGUUUUACCAGCAGUCGCUCGAGAAUCCGGGCCAGUUCUGGGCCAAUGUGGCCAAGCAGUUCCACUGGGAGACGCCGUACGAUCCGAAGAACUUCUUCUCGUACAACUUCGACAUCUCGAAGGGUCCCAUCUACGUAAAGUGGAUGGAGGGUGCCUCGACCAACAUUUGCUACAACUUGCUGGAUCGCAACGUGAAGAACGGGCUCGGCGAUACCGUCGCUUACUACUGGGAAGGCAAUCAUCCCGAUGACUACAGCCGGCUAACGUACAGGAAGCUGCUCGAGGAGGUAUGCCGGUUCGCGAACGUGCUAAAGAGCCACGGCGUUCAGAAGGGUGACCGGGUGUCGAUCUACAUGCCCAUGACCAUGGAGCUGCCGGUUGCAAUGCUGGCCUGUGCACGCAUCGGUGCCGUUCACUCGAUUGUGUUUGCCGGUUUCUCGUCCGAUUCGCUCGCCGAGCGCAUGCACGACUGCCAGGCGAAGGUGCUGAUCACGGCCGACGGUGCCUGGCGGGGCGAGAAGAUCCUGCACCUGAAGGACAUCUGUGAUACCGCGAUGGACAAGGCGGAAGAGCUCGGCCACCACGUGCAGACGUGCAUUGUCGUGUCGCACAUUAACCGGGUCACGCCGGGCAAGGAGGACUGGGACGGUUCGUUUGAUACCCCAUGGAGAGAUGGACGCGACUUUUGGUGGCACCAGGAGAUGGAGGACGCCGAACCGGCCUGCUACCCGGAGUGGAUGUCGGCCGAGGACCCACUGUUUAUGCUGUACACUAGCGGCUCGACCGGCAAACCGAAGGGUGUGCUGCAUACGACCGCCGGCUACCUGCUAUACGCGGCCACGACCUUCAAGAUCGUGUUCGACUACAAGCCGAACGAUAUCUACUGGUGCACGGCCGACAUCGGUUGGAUUACGGGCCACACGUACGUGCUGUACGGUCCGCUCGCUAACGGUGCCACCUCGGUCAUGUUCGAGGGCACACCGUUCUUCCCGGACACGGACCGGUACUGGGAGAUCAUCGACAAGUACAAGGUGUCGCAGUUUUAUACCGCACCGACCGCGAUCCGGUCGCUGAUGAAGUUUGGCGACGAGCCGGUGCUGAAGCAUGAUCUAUCGAGUCUUAGAGUUCUUGGAAGUGUCGGUGAGCCGAUCAAUCCGGAAGCGUGGCUUUGGUACUAUCGCGUGAUCGGCAAGGAGCGCUGUUCGAUCGUGGACACCUUCUGGCAGACGGAGACGGGCGGACACGUGAUUACACCCCUGCCGGGCGCUACACCGAUGAAGCCUGGCUCUGCAUCAUUCCCGUUCUUUGGCGUGAAACCGACGCUGCUGGACGAAAGCGGUACGGAAAUUACGGGCGAAGGUGAAGGCUAUCUCGUCUUUUCCCAGCCCUGGCCGGGUAUGAUGCGCACGCUGUUCAACAACCAUCCGCGCUACGAAUCGACGUACUUUUCCAAGUUCAAUGGAUACUACUGUACGGGUGAUGGCGCACGUCGCGAUGCGGACGGCUACUUCUGGGUGACGGGGCGCGUCGACGACAUGCUGAACGUGUCGGGCCAUCUGAUGUCCACGUCGGAGGUCGAGUCGGUGCUGACCGAGCAUCCGCGCGUCUCGGAAGCGGCCGUCGUAUCCCGACCUCACCCGGUCAAGGGCGAAUGUUUGUACUGCUUCAUCACGCCCAACCAGAACGAAGCGUUCGACAAAACGCUCAUCAGCGAGCUGAAGGUGCUGGUGCGGGAGCGCAUCGGUCCGUUCGCGCAGCCGGACGUGAUCCAGCAUGCGCCCGGGCUGCCGAAAACGCGCUCCGGCAAGAUUAUGCGACGAGUGCUGCGCAAGGUGGCCGUCAACGAUCGGGAUGUGGGCGAUACGUCCACGCUGGCGGACGAGGCCAUCAUCGAGCAGCUGUUUGCGAACCGGCCGGCCCACUAAAGCCCACAAAUCGCAGCCGUACCCCCUGUUUAGCCAGUUUAAGUAGUGCCGGGGUUGUCGUUCCGAUCACAAUCGCGACAGAGCUUAGCAAAGUGUGUGCGAGUGCGAUUAGGGAAGAGGAACGGUUUUCAAAACGAUGGUGUUGUGGGGGUAUCUCAUUGGGCGAAAAAAUAGCUUUUUUCUCGCUUUCGGGCCUUUGUCUCUUGUUUUACCUGUUCGUCCCGCGCGCAUACACAUCCACUAAUAGGCGCGUAAAAGAGAGGGGUGUACAACCCGGUUAAAUGCACCCGGUAUACAAUCGAAAAAAAAAAAACACAAUCUAAUGCUGGACAUCGGGGAACAAAAUGUGAAUGGGCCGCAGAGGGUCAACAACAGAGGCAUUAUAUGCUUAGCGAGUUGCAGGUUGACGCCCAGGACGGCCGCCAGUGACCCAGGACCUAAGGCGCGCCGGCUCAGUCAUCAUUGUUAGCGCAUCAUCAGGCAGCUCGAAUCGGCAUAACACGCUGGAAGAAUCGCCUAGUUGUAUGGAUAGGUUGUUAAGCUGAUUUGGACAGUGAAAAACUCACACACCUACAGAUAAGAUUUAAGUAGCUGUUAUUGCCAUUCUUAACCCAGUUUAAGGCUUAAUUUGUUUAGUAUUAAAUGUUGCUACUAGGGACGGCGGUACGGAGCAGUGGGUUGUGAGCUCAUUUUGGCAAAGGCUGCCUUCCCCGCUUAUCGUUUGUUACGCAAUCUCAGAAAUCGCUUGAAAAAAAAAGAAGAUGCAACGUAAAAUAAGUUUGCUUCAAAUUUAAAGUCAGGAAAAAAGGCAAAAAAAGCAAAAAACACUAAUGCAUUAAAAGCACUAUUUAACAAUGAACGAGAAAAGAGAAUCUGAAUGAAAAAAAGAAACAGGUGUUAUCAGAAGAUAAACACAUAAAGGUUAGGGAGUAAGGGUUGUUAGGGAUGUCGCUGAGCGAUGAACACGUGUUGGUGGACGCAGCUAAAGAAAGGUGGACCUACCGUAAGUAGGUCAACUAGUUGGGGGAUUAGAAUGCGAAGCAUUAAUCUGAUGUAGGGAAGAAGUCAACGAAAUUACACAUGCACAUACCUAACAGAGUCACAAUCAUACACAUACAAAGGUAGACAAAUAGCUUCAAACCCUUUCCCUUCAGACUCACAGAGCGCACAGAGCGUUAUCAUUAGAUGGUAGCAGUUUCUCUGUUUCACUUUCCCAGUUUCUCUGUGGGUGUGCGUGUGUGUGGGUCUGUGGUUAGCGAUUAGCGCACACGGCAAACCCCGCUUAGGAGAAGAAAAAACACCAUGGGGAUAUUGAGUUACUCAUUUUUAUUUCCAUUUUACUGCUGCUAGUUUGCGUUUAUUUCCCCCGUUUUUAUUUAUAAGUUUUAUCACAAAUAAACACUCACAACGCUUGUCUACUAGAAGGCACGCUAUUACCCGCUAA